AUGAUACUAUCAUUAUAUCUUCUUCAUCAACGAAAUGAACUGUUUGAUGAAUUGCUUGAUCUGCGUCGUUCUCUAUGGGAGACCAGCAUAGUAAGCCCUUUAGACAAUGGUAACACACGAUACUCACGGAGAAUACUGAGUCCUACAGAAGAACUUAUCUUCAUAGGUGGAAUGCCAAGGUCUGGAACAACGCUAAUGAGAGUAAUGCUUGACUCUCAUCAAGAAAUUAGAUGUGGUGAUGAGACAAUGCUUAUUCCUUUGCUUCUCAACGCUCACUCCAGCGCCACCAGAGAUUUGCAUAAUUCAACACUGAAACCAAAAGCUGUCAAUGAUGCAGUCUCCGCUUUCAUAAGCGAAUUAAUAGCAAAAAACGGACCAACGGCAAACCGGUUGUGCAAUAAAGAUCCUUUCCAACUUCUGCACAUUCCAUACCUGAUGGAAUUGUUUCCAAAUGCGAGGUUCAUUUUCAUGAUUCGUGAUCCGAGAGCCGUUCUUCACUCUAUGAUAAGCCGUGAUGUUCCUGUAGCUGGUUUCAACUUCUCUGAUCCUAUUGAUAUGCUCAAGCAAUGGGAGAAACAUUUCAAAAAAAUGUAUUUGCAAUGUCGUAAUACGCCUGGGACUUGUCUGACUGUGUAUUACGAGCGUUUGGUUCAAGCAUCAGAAGAAGAAGCCAGGCGAAUCCUAAAAUUUCUACGAGUAGAGUGGUCAGACGCAGUUCUUCAUCAUGAAGAAUUGAUGGGCUCUGAAGUUUUAGUGAAUCCACAAGAGUUCUCUGCAUCUCAAGUCAAAGAGAAGAUUAACCAAAAAGCCUUAACAUCAUGGUUCGAUUUCUUUUCUGAUGAUUUUCUGGACAACAUCAACCGAAUAUCUCCGCUUGUCAGCUCACUUGGUUAUGAUACCUUGAGCUCUAAACCUGACUACUCUAAAUUUGGAAGUCCUGAUUUCUACACUUUUCACAUUUAA